CGACGUCGUGUGUACAGAUCAUUCGUGCUAUAUAUCUACGUGUUGUGGCUGCUUUCCGUGUAGAGAACCGUUUGUGAUCGUGCUAGACAAAAAUGAGCGCGAACGAGGAACGCGGCGAUCAGCAGGAUCAAGAGGAUCAGGAACAGGCUGGCGGCAGAAAAAUGGAGAUCCAGCUGGAGCUGAACCUCAAGCAGAAGCUGGCCACUCGGCUGGCCACCCUUCUGCUGGCCACCCUGAUCUUCGCCAGCUUCUGUUGGGACAAUGCGGUGGCCAGUCUCACUCUGGGAGCAGUUGUGGCCCUUCUACUAAGGAAUCCCACCUUCGUCUUUGCCCUGGUGAUGACCUGCUCAAGGGACCUAAUGGCGCUGCAGCGCUUUGUGGCCCUCAAUAUCUAUCUGAUGCGGAGAGAUCGUCGGGGUUGCACCGUGGCCCAAUGUUUUCAGGAGCAGGCCAAGUCGUGUCCCAAGAAAACCUGCUUUCUAAUGGACAAUCGCAGUCUAAGCUUUGCGGAGGCCUUGGAACUAAGCCAGAAGAUUGCCGGGUACUUCAAGGAUCAAGGUCUGCAGAGGGGCGAUUGUGUGGCCCUGCUGAUGGAAACCCGUCUGGAGUAUCCCUGCAUUUGGUUGGGUCUCUCGCAACUUGGUGUGAUCACGGCCCUUAUAAACUCUAAUUUACGAGGAGAAUCUCUGCUGCACUCCAUCAAAGUGGCCAAUGCCAAGGCCAUAAUUGUGGGCAGUGAACUGCUGGAUGUGCUAAAAUCGCUUAGGGAAAAGGAGCAACUUCAGGAGCUGCCCAUCUAUCAGUAUACAGACGAGGAGCUAAGGGGGCUUCCAGGACAUGAUCUUCUGCCGGGAGCUGUGGAUUUAGGCAGUGCUUUACGGAACCAGAAAAUACUGGAGCUGCCUAGUUCUAAAUCUCCUGACGAGGCCCGAUCGAAACUGCUCUAUGUCUACACCUCGGGAACUACGGGCCUGCCCAAAGCGGCUGUGAUCACCAACCUGCGAUUUCUGUUCAUGUCCGCCGGAGCCUUCUAUAUGCUCAGGAUGACUAGCAGUGAUGUGGUGUACAAUCCCCUGCCCUUAUAUCACACUGCUGGCGGAAUUGUGGGAGUGGGCAAUGCCAUUCUAAAUGGAUCCACGGUGGUGCUGCGCAAGAAGUUCUCGGCCAGGAACUUCUGGCUGGAUUGCCAGCGCCACAACUGCACAGUGGCCCAGUAUAUUGGCGAGCUGUGUCGUUACCUCCUGGCCACGCCCUACUCCCCCGAUCAGCAGCAACACAGCCUGCGCCUGAUGUACGGCAACGGACUGAGGCCACAGAUCUGGUCGCAGUUCGUCCAUCGUUUCGGCAUCCCGCAUAUCGGCGAGAUCUACGGGGCCACCGAGGGAAACUCCAACCUGAUCAACAUCACCAAUCGCGUGGGAGCCAUUGGCUUUGUGCCCGUCUACGGAUCGAGGCUCUAUCCCGUGCAAGUCCUGCGCUGCGACGAGCAAACGGGUGAGCUGAUCAAGGACGCGCAGGGUCACUGCAUCAGGUGUCAGCCGGGACAGGCGGGACUGUUGGUGGGCAAAGUGGAUGCCCGGCGGGCAGUGAGUGCCUUCCACGGCUACGCGGACAAGGGUGCCUCCGAACAGAAGCUGCUGCGGAAUGUCUUUUCCGCCGGCGACGUCUUCUUCAAUUCCGGUGACAUGGUGGUGCGCGACAUCCUGGGCUACUUCUACUUCAAGGACCGCACGGGCGACACCUUUCGCUGGCGCGGCGAGAACGUGGCCACCCAGGAGGUGGAGGCCAUCAUCACCAACUGCAUUGGACUCGAGGAUUGCGUGGUCUACGGUGUACAGAUCCCUCAUGUGGAGGGUAAGGCCGGAAUGGCAGCGAUUGUGGAUCCGGCGCGCAAGGUGGACAUGGAUUACCUGUCCAUCGUGCUGAGGGGCAGUCUGCCGCCCUAUGCCCGCCCCCUUUUCAUCCGACUGCUGGACGAGAUUCCGCGCACGGCCACCUUCAAGCUGAAGAAACGAGAGCUGGCCCAGGAGGGUUACGACAUCCGAACGCUGGCGGACCCCAUAUACUACCUGAAUCGGGACGGGAUCUAUAGGAAGCUCAGCCUGGAGCAGUACGAGGCCUUGCGUUUGGGAAAGGCGGGACUCUGAAGCCCCUUUCUCCACCGAAUUCUUAUUCCAGCCACUCACUCCUCUGUGUAUAUAGCUAAACGUUUGUGUGUGUGUGUGUCCAAAUGUAUUUUUAACACUUAAACAAGGACUGAUACCAAAAAUGCCAGUGAGAAAGUUGUUUCCAACGCAAACGCGGGCCGAAAAGCCCGACGCGUUUCUUGGCCAUAAAAUGGCAGCUUAACCGAUAAUGGGAGCCAAUACGUUUUACGGCCAGAAGAUGCUGCUACCGCCACAAGAUAUAUCGAAAGUGUUAAAUCCCCAAGAUUAAGUUCUCGCUCAUUGGCAGCUGCUGCAGUUGCCGUUGCUGUUGCCGUUGCGCUGCUACUUUUGCAGUGGCUGGUGUUGCAACAUUAACGCCAUUUCCGCUCGCUAGCGGCAGCUGCGACUUCGUUGGCCGUCGCCUAAGAUAAACGAUGUGCAAAAUCCAUACAAAACAAUGCCAAAAACAACAAGGUCUUGCAACCGCAACAGCGCAACAUCGCAACAUCGCUAUAUCGCCAUCGCCAUUGCAACAGCGACGACGGCCACCAAUAUCGAUGCCAAUGGCGAAAAAGUUGUGGCAGGCAAUCAUAAAAAACGAAGAAAUGGCAAACAAAGCUGGGCGCCAUUUUGCAGGAGCAGAAAAUAACGUUGGUGUUGCUCCUUGGAUGCCAAAGGUUCUUCGAUGGCUAAAAGUUGCUGCAGGUAGUUUACUAGUCCACUCUUAGAUUUACAGGAUCCUAAUUUAGGUUUCAAUAUUUUCUUGAUCCAAAUUGUGUGAUCAAGGAGUCCUUUGUAAAAGCUUGAUGGUUACAAGUUGCUGCAUGUUAGAGCAUUUUAAUUAAAGUUCUGAUAUUUUUUCGUUGUCCCGGAAA